AUGUCCAAUAGCCUACCACUCCAGUGGUUCAAUGACCGCCUCGGCACAGCUAACGGUCUUGUCAAGCUCGGGGGUGGUAUCGGUGCCACAGUCAUGGCGCUUGUUGUGCAGCAGCUCAUCGAUAAAGUUGGCAUCGCCUGGACCUUCCGCGUCAUGGCCUUGACCUCUCUGACGAGUGGGAUUCCGACCGCCUUGCUAAUUAGAGAGAGGGCGCCCUCUGCCUCCUCUACAAUAAACAUGUCGCUCUUCCGAAACCUGACCUUUUUCUUCCUGUUCGUAGCCGGUUUCACUGGGAUUUUCGCCCUCUACAUCCCUUCUUUCUUUCUGCCUACCGUCGCCACCUCGAUCGGACUGUCCUCCACGACUGCUGCGGCUGUCAUGGCUUGCUACAAUGCUUGCAUGGCCCUGGGCCGUCUGGCUUCAGGCAUCGCCUGUGACAAGCUCGGCCCCACCAACAUGCUGCUCCUGACUAUGGCCCUCAACGCCGUCACUAUGCUGGCGAUAUGGUCCGUUGCAUCCACCUUAGCUGUACUCUUCGUAUUUGCCGCUCUGAAUGGAAUCGCAAAUGGGGCCUUCUUCGUCACCAUGCCGACAGCCAUCGCAAGACUACUGGGCCCACAUGCGGCGCCUGCGGGCAUAGGUAUGGCCAUCACAGGCUGGAGUGUCGGUGACCUGCUGCGUAAUCCGAUUGCCGGCUUCCUGAUCGCUGCCACGCAUGCAGAUCGAGCGAACUCUAUCUUGCCAUAUCGUGCGGCCAUCUUCUAUGCCGGCGGAACGGCCGCCGUCUCAACAGCUCGCGUACUGGUGGCUUGGCUGAGAAUGGAUGCUAAUCUUAUCAAGAAGUUUUAG